CGGCGGUUACAUUAAUAUUUUCUAAUACGAGGAACGCGUGUUUCGCCAGCUGUUGCUUGUUUACCUUUUUUAAAUUUAAUAAAACUUAAUUAAUUAAACUUAAUCCAACCCACCGAAAUGUCCACAAAUGCUACGAUAGACUUGGCCCUGGAUCGGGUGGACUGGCGGGAUCUGACCGCCCAUCCGGGACACCUGCCCCGCAUCUACACACCCGGCGAGGUGCUGAUGCCGGAAGCGGGUUUCAUGCGCGGACAUGGCACCUUCGUGGAGGACGAGGUCAUCAAGGCUUCGGUGGCAGGAGUGAUCGAGAAAGUCAACAAGCUGAUCUCACUGCGUCCGCUCAAGAGUCGCUAUGUGGGCGAGAUUGGGGAUGUGGUAGUGGCCCGCGUCAUCGAAGUGCAACAGAAGCGUUGGCGUGUUGACACGAAUUCCCGGCUCGAUUCCAUGCUCCUGCUGUCGUCGGUGAAUUUGCCAGGUGGUGAGCUCAGAAGGAGAUCCGCCGAGGACGAGCAGAUGAUGAGGCGAUACCUAGAUGAAGGAGAUCUCAUCUCCGCGGAAGUGCAGAACAUCUUCGAAGAGGGCACCCUCUCCCUCUACACACGCAGUUUAAAGUACGGAAAACUGUCGCAGGGCAUCCUGGUCAAGGUCUUCCCGGCCCUCGUAAAGCGCCGCAAGAUGCACUUUCACAACCUGCCCUGCGGCGCCUCCGUGAUCCUUGGCAACAAUGGCUACAUCUGGAUAGCGCCCACCAAGGCUCAGGAACAGGAGGGCGGCGAAGGUGGUUUCGCGCAAAACCUAAACGAACACGUGCCUCGCAGCGAACGGGAAGUGAUUGCCCGGCUGAGGAACUCUAUCCUGGCCCUGGCCAAGUGCAAACUAAUGAUCUACGACACCAGCAUCCAGUAUGCCUACGAAGAGUCCCUCAAGUACGAGGCCCACGAGCUGCUCCAGCAGAACGUCAUCUACGACAUAGGCGAGCAGACGCAGGCGCGGUUAAGGGAUUCCGACGAAUAGUGUUUCAAAUUAAAAAGCAUUAAUAAAUUUAUUUUUAAGCAAAUUAAA